AUGGCAGCGGCAAUCCGUGCCCUAAACGGCGCCAAUAGCCUAGACACUAACAACAAUGCGAUGACACUGACCGUUCUAGGAUGCGGAACUUUAGGUAUCGCCAUCCUCUCCGGUAUCCUUUCCUCCUUGACCGAGGCUUCAACAAAUCCUUCUCCUGCGUACCCUGACUCCGGGACCGCAACACCCACCACCGAAGGUCCGCCACCACGUACGCCUAGCAAGUUCAUCGCUUGCGUCCGCCGACCCCAAUCUGCCAAGCGCAUCAAGGUCGCGGUCCAGGACUACCGCCCCAGUGUCACGGUACUGCAGAAUGAGAAUGUGAAAGGUGUUACCGCCGCCGAUGUGGUAAUCUUGGGCUGCAAACCGUAUAUGGUUGCCGACAUCCUCCAAGAAGAAGGCAUAAAGGAGGCACUUAGCGGCAAGAUUUUGAUCUCGAUCUGCGCUGGUGUCCCGGUUGAACAGAUCGGCCGAGCGCUGUAUGGAGCAGAAUAUCCCAAGGAUCUUCCUUCCAACGCAUGCCGAAUCGUGCGAGUCAUGCCGAACACCGCAGCCGUUGUGCGGGAAUCCAUGACAGUUAUUGCAACUACGACACCUCCUCUACCCGCUGAGCUCUCUUCCGUCGUGGAAUGGAUCUUUACCAGGAUAGGGCGGGUUGUGCACCUGCCACCCUCAAUGAUGGACGUCUCUACGGCACUGGCUGGUUCAGGACCAGCAUUUCUGGCUUUGAUGCUCGAGUCUUUGGCGGAUGGGGCGGUCGCCAUGGGUCUGCCCCGAGCGGAGGCACAGUUGAUGGCCGCGCAGGUAAUGCGUGGGACAGCCGGUAUGGUGCUAAAUGGCGAGCAUCCUGCACUCGUCAGAGAAAAGGUUAGUACCCCCGGUGGGUGCACUAUUGGCGGAUUGUUGGUUUUGGAAGAGGGUCGCGUACGAGGCACCGUAGCACGAAGUGUGAGAGAGGCGACAGUCGUUGCUUCUGAGCUGGGUAAGGGAGUCAGUGGCGUUAACGGUACACGGUUUUCGAAGCAAUAG